AUUUCGCUUCUCCAUACUUGAAUCCAGCGCGUCUUCAUCAUCAUCAUCCACUUCGAUACCGUCCAAGAUCAAGGUUGGCCGUGUCCGGCAGAACUCGCGAACGAAUUCGAAAAUUCUACUUGGAGUCUACAGAUGAUUUUUGCGAAAAUUCACGCGUAAAACAUGUUCAUCAGCGUCGGCGAUGGUAAUUGGAUAAUUGGGCAGAUUAGUACGAUUGUUGAAUCGUGAAAGGUGCAGGUUUCGGUUUCACGUCUCUGAAACAAUGGUCUGAAUUGCUCGGACGAUUAUUGUACGAUAUUGUGGAAUUAAAUCAGUGAUUAACGAUGGGUUCCAGUGUUCGGUUUCGGAUUUUGGUGGGUUUUGUGUGUUUGACUGUUGUUUUUGAGUUUGUGCGUAGUAUUAAGAUUGAGAAUCAGCUCAACGUGAUCACGAAUGAUUGCUAUGAAAGAUUAGCCAUCGGCCACAGACUGGGCCAGAGAGAUAUUUACAAGACUGUCAAAGCCAACACAGUGCCAAAAUGCCAGAAAGAAUGUACAGCAGAAGGAGACGUUUGCAAAGCCUUCAGUUUCGGGAUAGGGGAAAAAGGAAACUCAACUUGUGAACUAGGAAGAAACUUCAUCAAAGAAACUGCCACUCUCCAACCUAUCGGUACCAUAGAAAACGUAGAUUUCGAUUUAUACAUAAAGAAAUUAGGCUGCAAGUUAGUAAUCGAUCCUCAAGCUUCCAAACCUAAACCCAAUUUCGAUGACGUAGUCCUUUCACAAUCUGCAAGUACGCAGGACCAAUACAACACACCCCAGAACAGCCUCAAACCCACUUACCUACCAGAUAAACCAUCAAGUGCAAUAACCGAAGAGAAACCUUCGCAACCAAGCAUAUACCCAAAUGAAGCUUUGAAUAAGCCUUCGAACAUACCCCAGAAACCAACAGUGGGUUACGGCAUCAGCAUACCAAAUUUAGAAAUGGUCAAGCCAGGUUCUUACGGAAACCAAAAACCAACAAGUUCCUACACCAAACCUGACUACAAUAGACCUAAUUCCCAAAGUAGCCAAUUGAUCCAAGGGAGUUUGGUGAGUGUUAGUCCUGGUUUACAAAGUUAUUUGCAUCCUGUUCAUGAUAUUCUCAUUGGCGAAAACCCAUACUCUUACGGCAAACCUGAGCGGCCUCUAGGUUACUUACCAGAAACUUCAAACGGUGUCCAUGGUGAUUAUGGAAGUAACAACAAUUAUGGUGAACUAUCUGGAGGAUACGGCAAUCAAGGUUUCAUGAAUAUUUAUAAAAAACCUAGUGAUUAUGACAAAUAUAAACCUCAUGAUGUAGGCAGACCAUGGGGCUCGGAAUUCAUUGACAAUCCCAAGUUUUUAUCACCGUAUGACCCUUAUUAUGAUGAAAGGCCUUUUCAAAAACCAUAUGAUGACAUUCGACCACAAAGACCUCCAUCGAAUUCUUAUGGAAAUGAAAGACCACGUCCACCCACAAGCACAUACCCUGACAAACCUGAAAGACCUUCUGAUUCAUAUGGCAGACCUCCUAUCAAACCAAUAAACUCCUAUGAUGAUGAAAGACCCUCCUAUUCUUAUAACAAACCUCAAAGACCCUUCAAUCCAUACGAUCAACAAUCGACUCACAAGCCUCACACUGAAAAACCAUACAAACCAGUACAUGAAAAGCCAGACGAUGUGAUUCCACAUCGUCCAUACGAGGAUCAGAUACCUCCUUUUCGGCCUCAAAACCUUAACAGUCCUUAUGACGAUGAGAGGCCGAUAAUACCGAACAGACCUAGACCUGGUGGUUAUGAUUCGAGACCUUUGAUAAUAGACGAUAGAAUUGAUGGAGGUUAUCAUACAAGACCUCAUUUCGAAUAUUACGAUGAAUCGAAGCCGCCUAGGUUGGAUUAUGAAAUUCCAAGACCUAUGGGAAACUUUUACGAUGAUUUUAGGAGGCCUUCAAGACCAGAAGAGGAUCAUAGAAGACCACUCAGACCAGAAGAUGAUUACAGAAGACCGUUAAGACCGGAAGAUGAUCAUAGAAGACCGUUGAGACCAGAAGACGAUCACAGAAGGCCGUUAAGACCAGAAGAAGAUUUCAGAAGACCAGAAAAUGAUCACAGACACCCUUUAAGACCAGAAAAUGACUACAAAAGACCAUUGAGACCGGAAGAUGAUUACAGUAGACCGUUAAGACCAGAAGAUGAUCACAGAAGACCGCCAAGACCAGAAGAUGAUUUCAGAAGACCAGAAAAUGAUUACAGACACUCUCUGAGGCCAGAAAAUGAUCAUAAAAGGCCAUUAAGACCAGACGAUGAUUACAGGAGACCGUUCAGACCAGAAGAUGAUUUCAGAAGACCAAUAGAUCACAAUAGACCUUUGAGACCAGAAGAUGGCCACUGGGGUGAUAAAGGAAACUCAUAUCCAAGACCAGAUUUUCAUGAUAGAAGACCCUACGAGCAAAGAAGGCCCUUGAGACAGCCGGAAGAUCCGAAUUUAGGGUAUAGGAAUCCAGAUUAUCUGUUCAGUGCUAACGACAGACAUGAUGUUGUGUCUAAUUCGACAAAAUAUGUGAAUUCUAACACAGAUUAUCUGCACAGUUCGAAUGUCACCAAGAAUGGCAGCGAUACAAACAAUACAAUCGACAAAAACGGUGUGAAUAAGGGUGAAACAGUGAAAAAUACGACCUUGGAAAAUUCGAUUAUCACAGAAAGCACUGGUGUGGACGGAGAGAAGAUAACAUCGAUUAUAACUCCUCUUGAUAUUGCUUGUUUCCGAAGAGUACUAGCAGGCAAAAGAAUAGCCAGACGAUUCGUUAGAAGAUCUCUUUUUUGCGAGAGAGUAGAAGAUUGCCAAUUGGAAUGUUCUGAUGAAAAAACAUUCACUUGCGAAGGGUUCAAUUACAGGUUAGACCCAACGGGAAGAGGCAAAGGGGAAUGCGAACUCCUAGACGUCCCUCUCCAACGGCUAGACAUCGGCAGAGACGUCUACCCAGAUCGCGACUACGACUACUACGAAAAAGACAGAAACGCAGCAUCCUCAAACUGCCGAUACGAACCUCCAUACCCCGACCACGGCCUUGGAGGCAGACCUCAAAGUCACAGACCGCCAUACGACGGUUACCUGCCAUACGAUAGAAGACCUCCAUACGAGAGACCUCCUCCAGAUUACCAUAAAAGACCUCCCCCGUAUGAUACAAGGCCAAUACACGAUAGUAGACCACCAUAUGGAUAUGACAGAGAUAGGAGACCUGUCAUAGAUUAUGACAGAAGAAGACCACCGGCGUAUGACAGAAGACCACCUCCUCGCUAUGGCCCAGAGUAUGACAGAAGAGGAGACAUUCCACACUUCCACCAACACAACACUCAAAAUGGUUACAACGCUCAUUCCCAAAUUGACAGGAAUGACAACAUAUACCACGGAACCCACUAUUUACCCCCAAACCCUUCACCCAAGCCAAUAUUCUCCUCAUACGACCAAAAACCCUACCACACCAGACCCUACGGUUAUGGAGCUACCCAAUGGGACAGAAGGUAUGACAGACCUAAGUACGACGGUUAUCACAGCUAUAAUGUCAAUCGCGACGAUUACGAGAAGAAGAACUAUUAUUAUCUACCAGUUAGAGUUGGAGGCACCAAAGAUUGGGGCAAAUAUGGAGGUUCUUACGGAAAUUUUGGAGGUGGUGCUAGCCAGUUUGAUAAGGAUUAUAACUAUUGGGGUUUCAGCAAUAGGAGAAAGUACGAGCCGAGACCGGAUAGUGGGUUCAAGCCUUUAGUUCCUCUUCUUCCUCCUCCUCCGGUGAGCAAGCCAGCUAGUUAUCUGCCUACUACAGCUUUGGAGAUCAACCUCAUACACCAAGGGCCAAAUAUAUAUAACGAAGGAGAUAACCUUAUCUUGCCUUUGGAACCAAGACUGCCUGGAUAUAACUAUAUCAAAGAAGAAUGUUCAUUGAGAAGUGCAACCGGCUUCAAGUUGAACAAAGGCAUCGUGAAAAAGUUCUAUGCUGUACCAAACAUUUAUGAGUGUGAACUUCUAUGUUUCAAGGAACGGGAAUUCUCUUGUGCCUCAUACGCUUUCAGAUACACCAUUAGUCUUUCUGCCCCAGCUGAUAACUGUUACCUCAGUAACCGAAACUACAGAGACUUGGACUACUACACUGACCUCCAACCUGAUAGAGAUUUCGAUAUAUACACAAUGAACAAUCUGAACAAAUGCGUCACUUCUGCGCCAAGUUCCAGAGAUGAUAGUGAUUGUUUUUGGAGAGUUCGCAGUGGUCAAAGAUUGGAUCAUAGGGUACUAAAGGACACCCUCACUGUGAAAACAAUAGUAGAUUGUCAGAUCGAAUGUCUGAAGUCCAGGAGGUUCACAUGUCGAGCAUUCAGUUUCAGAUUUGGGCCACCAUCUCCUGGAGGAGCUGCAGAUAACUGCCAACUAACAGACUGGCCCUUCUUUGAGCUGGACCCUAGGGUAGAUUUCUUCCCAGAACGUGGUUUCGAGGUUUACGAAAGAGGAAGCUACGGUUAUGGUUGCGAACCUUACCACUUUGGUGUCAGAGGCAAACCUCCAGUUGCAGCAGCAAUAGAAGUUGACCAAUUGUGCUACAUUGGAUUUGGAUCUCCUGCAAGACUCUUGCCGCAAGCUACCAAGAAGGCUUUGAAGGUGCGAACUGAACUGGAUUGCAAAACAGAAUGUUCGAAAUUGAGGGAAGGAACCUUAUUCCAAUGCAUGUCGUUCAGUUAUAGGGCCAGUCCACACGGAAGCAGCAAUUGUUUCUUGUCUGACAUAUACCAACGAGAUCUCUUACCACACAUUGAUUACGUUCCCGAUCCUGAUUCUUGGUUAUUUGCUUGGGACAACUUCAACCCUAGGUGUAUAGAAUUAGCCAAUAAGCCCGUACACGAUUUCAAUUUCAACGAUGUAGGUCGAGAAGAUUAUGGAAGACCUCCUUACUCAGGAAUACACACAGCCCUAGACACUUGGAGGGCAUACAGCGUCAGCGGAUGGCCAUGUAAGAGAGGUCAUUUGUGUCAAGAAAACAGAGAGGCUGGUUUCUGGUUCUGCAAAUUAGAAGGUGGAGACACCAACUCAUGGGACUACUGUUGUAGACCAGACCACCAAUGUGGUUAUUCUUCUGGCUUCCCUUACCCAUGGUGUUAUGUAGGUCCUGAUAAGACUCAAUGGCGCAAGUGCAGUGAUCGCUACUACCCUUACAUCCACAACCUGAUAGACAGGUUGGACAACGUUCACCAUGCAAAACCAUCUUACUUACCAGAACAAUCACCCAUCAGUUCUUGGGCACCAAGUGGUAUUCCUCCUGGUACGCAUUACUUACCAGAAUACGAAGAUAGACCACCACCAAUACGACCUCCUCUAGCAAGACCAGGAUUUAGACCAGACAGACCACCAGCACCACCAAAUGAGAGACCUCCUGGGCCAAGUUUGGAUGAGUAUGAGAUGCAGUUUGACCAACAAUUUUUGGCUCCACCAAAACCAGGAGGAUUCGGACAACCCAGACAUUGGCCAGUUUCCUACCUACACAAACAGAUGCCGCCAAACAUAACAGACUCUGAACCAAGACUGAUGAAACCUAAGGGAGAAAACUCCAAGUUGACCGCGAUCCAAAGUUUGAUAGACAUAAUAAACUCUAACGAGCUGAAGAACGUUCAAUAUCAGAUCACCAACGAAUCGAACAGUAAAGACGAUAUUUUGUUCGUCAAAAUACCACUGCCAACCAAUUUCACCACCGGACAAGAUACAGAAGAUAGUUUUGGUAAAUUCGAGAAGGCGGAUUUAAAAUUGGAACCAGUAGAUUUGAGUGAAGAGGUUAAGAAUAACACGAAGAGAUUCGGUAAGGAGUUGGACACCAGUAUUUCAGCUUCCAGUGAGAGACGCAGCUUUAAUAAUUUAGUACCAACAUACAGAAAAAGUUAUAUUACUCGCACCAACGUGACAACACAUGGACGUUCUCGUUUUGCGAGAAGUGUUUAGUUUUAAUGAAAUAAAAUUAUUCAAUAAA